AUUUUCAAACUCAGUGGUGCUAUUUCUCCUAUUGAGUGCAAAAAAGAGUGAAAAUGAUGAGCACAUUGGCACUUGUUUCGUUGGCGAUUUUUGGAAUUGCAGUUGUCUGUGCUGCACCAAAACCUGCAACAGUUCCUGUUGCAAAUGAAGAAGACUAUUUGGCUGCUCUUUAUGGAUUUGAGGCCCCAGGAUCACAAUUCAAGGGUGCACCACUCCAAUCAAAACGACAUAUUUCACCAUCAUACGACGUAGAAAUCGACGCUGGAAACAUGAGAAAUUUGUUGGAUAUUGGCAAGAGAAGUGCUCCAAUGGCAAGCGACUAUGGAAAUCAGUUCCAGAUGUACAACCGUCUGAUCGACGCUGGAAAGAAGAAGAGAAGCCCUGCAAUUUCUCCAGCUUACCAAUUUGAGAAUGCUUUUGGACUUUCGGAAGCUCUGGAACGAGCCGGACGUCGUUAAACAUCAACAAAUAAAAUACCAUACCAACGAGUACAUCCAAAUAGACAAUUGUUUCCCAAUAAAUAAUUUAAAGUUUUGCCCAACUUGGCCGGACUUUCAGGUUUGCCUGAAAGUUUGUUCAUACAUCCCUCUCCACCUCCGCCCUCUUCCUAUUCAUGACGAGAAUAAAGUGUUUUGUUAG